UUUCUUCAUCAUCUGGGAGAUGAGAUAGUACAUGCAUGCAUUUAUAGCAAUCUGAUAUCAAACCACAACACGCUCCAUCGCUAUAUAAAUACACACAUACACAUAUCAUUCUAAACCACACUACUACUCUCACAUCUACAUAUCUAAAACCAUAUUAACAAUUACAAACUAUAAUCAUAUAUACAUGGCUUCCAGUAACAUUUCUUUCAUGAUGAGCUUCAUUCUCUGUCUUUGCCCACUGAUCAUGUUCAUAUCCUCAGCUUCUGCAACGACAACUACAUCUUACAAUGUAUUGAUGGGGUUUGGGGCAAAACCCAAUGGCCUCACAGACUCCACCGAGGCAUUCCUGCGUGCAUGGGACGCUGCAUGUGCCUCUACAGACGCCGCCCUCAUAUACGUCCCCAAAGGCAGGUAUCUGCUUCGCCCGCUGGCCUUCAAGGGUCCCUGCAAAAGCCCCCAUAUCACCUUCCGAAUAGACGGCACCCUCGUCGCCCCGCCGGACUACCGAGUGUUGGGCGGAGCUGAGAACUGGCUUAACUUUCAAAGGGUCAGCGGCGUUUCUAUUGUCGGUGGUGCGCUUGAUGCCCGAGGCCCUGCCUUGUGGGCUUGUAAGGCCAAUCCAGCCAACUCAUGUCCCAGUGGAGCCACGACACUGAGCAUUACAUACUCCAAGGAUAUCAAAAUCACCGGACUGAUGUCGUUGAACAGCCAAAUGUUCCACAUUGUGAUAAACCAUUGUCAGAAUGUGGAGAUGAGAGGAGUCAGAAUCAUUGCCCACCGUGACAGUCCCAACACCGACGGCAUCCACGUUCAGCUCUCCAAAAAUGUUGUCAUCUCCAACUCCUCUGUAGGAACUGGGGACGACUGCGUUUCCAUCGGCCCUGGCACUCAGAAUCUCUGGAUCGAACGCAUGGCGUGUGGUCCUGGUCAUGGCAUCAGCAUCGGGAGCCUGGCUAAGGACAUGGAUGAGGAGGGAGUCCAAAAUGUGACUGUGAAGCAAGUUGUUUUCACAGGCACUCAGAAUGGAAUUAGGAUCAAAUCGUGGGCCAAGCCCAGCACAGGCUUCGUCAAAGGUGUUCACUUCUCGAACAUCGUCAUGAGAAACGUCCAAAAUCCAAUCAUAAUUGACCAAAAUUACUGCCCAAGCCACGUCAAUUGCCCAACUCAAGUGUCUGGUAUAAAAAUCAACGACAUAAGUUACCGAAACAUCAAAGGAACAUCUGCAACAACAGUAGCAACGAAGUUCGAUUGUAGCUCUAGAAAUCCAUGCAGUGGAAUCAGAUUGGAGAAUGUCAACUUGACUUUCCAAAACAAACCAGCUCAAUCCCUCUGCACCAAUGCCAAGGGAAUGUCUUUUGGCACCGUUCUACCAUAUAGUUGCUUAUCAACUUGAUCUUUAUUAUUUUUCAUUUCUUUGUAUCAUAAAUCAUUUCAUUAUUUGUUGUAUAUUAUCCAUUAUUUUUUUCCUUAAAGCACAUUAUUUAUUUGUUGUAUAUUUAAUUGUCAUACCAAUUCUUAAGAAUAUAUUGUAACAUUCACGUGUUCAUAUAAUUAACUCUAUUAAUUAGAAAUUUCAAACUAUAUUGUUUGCUUUAUUACUAUUUCUUAAAUUUAAGGUUCACUCAAGUCAUGAAAGUAUACUUAUUCUAUUUUAACGUAGUUUUUAGUUUUGGGAUAAUGGAGUUGUUUAGAACAAGUAAAAG